AUCGAUCAAUAAUGCUGCCUCGAGGAAACUGAUGCUAGACCAAGAAAGUGGAUAGAGGGACGGGAUUGAACAACCCAUGCUAUAGAAACAGGCAAUUACUUACUAGUAUGCAUUUCUGUCAGCUCCUGUUUGCUUUGCUUGUCAUUCACUCACCAUAGAGCCGAAAUGACCAUCAUUCACGGUGACCUGAAUAGUAGCACCAUGGACAGCACCACGUUAGACCCGACAACUGACGUUUCGCGUUUACCGCGAGCUCUGAAAGACCUCCCGGAACUUAGCAGGACCAGUCACACUAUAGUGGCAGUAUGUCUCGGGAUAAUUUUUGUCCUGGGUUUCUUGGCCAACUUUUGUGUACUUCUUGUUUUUGCUCGUUUCCAGGUUCUUCGGACACCAAUCAAUCUCAUUCUCCUUAAUAUUUGCGUAAGUGAUAUGUUAGUAUGUAUUUUCGGCACUCCGUUCAGCUUUGCUGCUAGUAUCUACGGUAGAUGGCUCAUUGGACUUUCUGGCUGUAAAUGGUAUGGCUUUGCCAACUCACUCUUUGGCAUUGUUUCCCUCGUAUCUUUUGCCGUUUUGUCUUUGGAGCGCUAUUCAACCAUGGUCUGCUGCACCAAGGCAGAUGUCUCCGACUACCGGAAAGCCUGGCUGUCCAUCGGCGGCUGCUGGCUGUACUCCCUGGCGUGGACGCUGCCGCCGCUCUUUGGCUGGAGCAGCUAUGGCCCCGAGGGCCCGGGUACCACCUGCUCCGUGCAGUGGCACCAGCGUUCCCCCGGCAAUGUCGCCUAUGUGACCUGCCUCUUCGUCUUCUGCCUGCUCCUCCCGCUGGUGCUCAUGGUUUACUGCUAUGGCAAGAUCCUGAUGGCCAUCCGCGGGGCAGCCCGGAUCAACCAGACAUCAUGCCAGCGUCGGGAGACCCAUGUUUUGCUCAUGGUACUGUCCAUGGUCUCCUGUUACCUGCUCUGUUGGAUGCCCUAUGGGGUGGUAGCGUUGCUGGCCACGUUCGGCAGGGUCGGUGUUGUUGGCCCCACAGCGAGCAUCAUCCCCUCCAUACUGGCCAAGUCCAGUACUGUGCUCAAUCCCAUCGUCUAUGUGCUUUUCAAUAACCAGUUCUACAGGUGUUUCAUGGCAUUUGUGCAGUGUGGUCCAGGCAGUCAGAGGCACAACUACCUCCACACUCUCCAGAGCAGCCCAGCCCUGGCAGGCCACCCAAACUGCAUGCCUCUCAGUCCCCUGGGCGGCCUGUCCAGCACCGCCAACUCGCCAGCACGCCUGGAGGAGCAGACUCCCCACCGGCCAGCCAAAGACCAGCAGCAGUGCCAGCUGCAGACAGACAAGCAGUCGCUGGUCCUGGUGGUACACUACACUCCAUAAGCUUGGGGAAUACUCUGACACAUUGUCUUUAUUAUGUCUAUGGAUAUUUGACAGCAAUCAUCAGCCACAUUUAGAUUUGUAGAUCGGAGGAUGAAUAGUUCAUUUGCAAAAACAAAUAUCUCAAUUUUCAUACAAUCAUAAAUCGUGUGUUUUAUUGUGUAUUCCAGGUAAUAUCAAUAUCAAACUGCAGUUGCGUUGUUUUGAUUAUGUAGCAAUACAUCACAUUAAAACAGCCUACUGCUGCAGAUUUGCUGAAUGUAUGCCUGGAAUGCAUGAUGAGAAAAUAAUUGAUUAAAAAUCAUUCAAAUAAAAUAACAAAUGGCCAUUUUGCAUUCAGACAGAGCUUGGCUGGAAGCAGAAUGAGAUUUGUAUUCACAGAUGAAUGUGUUGCUGCACCAUUAAAUGCUCUGCUACUAGCAUUAGAUCUUAGGAUCACACUCAGUCUGAGUACAAAUAUCUUCUCGGUGGCUCACUGGGGUAUGUGUGGCCAUAUUUUCAGGACCCUGAAAUUAUCCUGAAUGGAGUAAUUUGGCAAAAGCUCAUAGAAAGUGCAAUCUGUAGUGAGUGGUGCAUGAAUACACACAUUUUAUUUGUCAUCAAUAAUAACGUUUUUUUUUCUUCAGAAAUCUGUGACCAAAUAUUGAUGUCACAGAUGAAGAAAUGUAUUUCAUUUAUCUGUAAUUUUACUAAAUUGUGAAAUAUCAAAAUCCUUUAUUCUCUUUGCCUGGCAUCUGGCAGGUUUUCAACAGGACGCUUCAAGAGGGAGUGCAUUGUCAAAAAUAUUUAGUGUCUGACCACCAGAUGGCAAGGUUUACACUGUUUUAAUCACCAUUUGUUUGUUUCUGAAAUGCAGGAUCACACCCAUUUGUAGAUUUCCAUGACAGGCAUUUUUCUGUCUAAACUUUACUCUUACGUCUCUAUAACUGUGUUUCCCUAAAAUGAAGAGGAUUUCUAUAUCUUAACUGAUAUAUGUGGUGAUCUCUUUUAGAAGUGAAGCAGGCUUUCAAAUUAAGAGGCUUAGAAUAAUGUAAGGUAAUCCACACUGAACUGAGAUUAACUUUUUAUAGGAGUCCCACCUGCAUACUAAUAAGAACAUGUCUGUGCCUGGCCUCAUGUACUUGGACACAGGGGUUUCUGAUGGCUGUGCCUUGUGAUGACAGUGGGGAUUGUUUAAGACAUAAGAGUUGAUGAAUGCAUAAAUUGUUUUUAAGAGUGUUUAAGGGUCUCACUCAGGACAAAACAUGCAAGUAUUUGAUAAUAAGUGCUGACAAGAACAACAAUGCAUUGUUCUUCCAGUUAAAUUUGGAAAUGUAUACAUACAGUUAACUAGGUAAAGAACUGAAGAUAAUACGCAAUGUCACGACCUGGUAUUUUUGAAUUCCAUGAAUGUUUGUCAUUUUUCAGACAGCCAAUGUUUCAGGUCUUUCGUGUGCCUAUUUGUAGUGUUUACAUAUGCACCUAAGUACUUAAUCUAUAAUUGUGUGUGUACGGAUUUGAAUCACAUGGUUAAUUUUAGUGUGGAUGCAAGACCAUUCACUUAGCGGGGCUGGUUAAAGUGCAGUGCGGUAUUGAUGUGUAUUUUUUUUAAUCACAGGGUAUUGAUAUUGAUUGGGCAUCGUUUGUUGUGGCCUGUCUGAAGCCUGUCUGCAGCAGUCACACUGGCCUUUUGUUUUUCUCUUCUUCAAUCUAAUAUCAAAAGGCUCAAAUGAAGUUUAAAAUGGUUAU